ACAGAAAGCGAAUGCUAAUUAACAAGUUUUGACUUAUCAAGAACGACAGCGUUCCGAGUACGCAAGGCGAGGGAAUCGGCGGGUCUCCGGCAUCGGUUAUCGAGAAGUUAAAAUAUGCCGCCGGCGAAGAGGGGAAAAGCGAAGGCUGAGCCUAAGGCAACAACUCCGAAGGAAAAACCUAAUAAUUUCCCGUCUUGUAUACGGUGCAUGCCUCCUUCCUCCGUCGCUAUAACCAUCCACGCGAAACCAGGUUCCAAAUCCGCAUCCGUAACAGAUGUCAGCGAUGAAGCUGUUGGAGUGCAAAUUGACGCACCGGCCAGGGAUGGCGAAGCAAAUGCAGCUCUUCUCGAUUACAUUAGCUCUGUUUUAGGUGUAAAGAGAAGACAAGUUUCUAUAGGUACUGGUUCUAAGUCAAGAGAUAAGACAGUCAUUGUGGAAGAUGUAACUCAGCAAUAUGUUUUUGACGCUUUGGAUAAAGUCUCUAAGCAGUAGUGAUGAGAAAAAUGAAAACGGGUUUUUUCAUUGAUGGGGCAACUAGCUGCUUGAUACUGCUAUUUACCACAAUAACUGAAGCCAGAAUAUGUGAUUAUCUGUUUAGCUGUAGAAGAGUACCAAUGCUCUUGAUGCUUUGAAACCAGUAAUGUUUUUCUAUUUGGGCUUGCUCGUUUGUAUUGCAGUAUAGAUUUUGACAAUUUCAUUAUGCUGGUUAUCUUCAAUGAAUAUUAGCCUCCUCUCUUGACGUUUUGUAGUUUUUAUUUGUGUACUGUAUAAGAAUCAGAUUAAAUACCUUUUUUGGUCCUCAGCAAAUUUCACAUGCCCGUUUUAGUCCCUAGCAAAUAAAAAGACCAUUCAUGGUCCAAAAAAUUUCAAAAUGAACCCAUUUUAGUCUUUCUGAGGACUAAUAUGGGUCUUUUUUGAAUUUGUGAGGGAUCACAAUUUCAACUAAAUGGAUCCAUUUUGAAUUUCUUAAAGACCACAGUGUGGGCCUUUUUAUUUGCUAGGGACUAAAUCGGGCAUCGUGAAA